CCUUUCUCUCUUUCAUACGAUAUUCAGAGAAAGAGAAAGCUUCAGAAUGACCAACUUGUUCUUGUUGUUUUCGCAGGAAGGAAUCUGCAUGACUCGCUUAUUUGACCCCCAUCUCCAGCCGGCCUUGUCCUUCUCUCUCUGUCUCUCUGUCUCUGUGCUUGUGGGUCUGUGUAUAUGAGUGUGUGGGCUGCUGCUACUGGUGGUGGUGGGUGCUGCUUUCUGCUCAGUCAUGGGGGUGUUGACUCUGUCUGUGGCUGUUCUUUGUGUGAUCCAAGUUGUUUCUGCACAAAAAGCAACAAAUGCCAGUGAAGUGACUGCACUGAAAAAGAUCAUAGAGUACUGGAAGCUGGGGAGUUACUUGAAUUUGACAGUUGAUCCUUGCGCUCAAAAUGCUUCGUGGGCACCGGAGACCGCUAAUCCCCGAGUAGCCUGCGAUUGCUCCAGCAAUGUCUGCCACAUUACCCACUUGAAAAUCUAUGCUCUGGACAUUUCGGGUCCGAUACCGAGCGAAUUGUUUGAGCUGAAGAGGCUUAUGGACUUAAACUUGGCCCAGAAUGUUCUAAGUGGACCCAUACCAGCUCAAUUCGAACAGCUAUCAAACAUGCAGUACCUUAGCCUAGGCAUAAACAAUUUGACUGGUCAAGUGCCUCCAGAACUCGGCAACAUGACCAAGUUGCUUUCCCUAAGCUUCAGCUCUAACAAUCUUCAUGGAUCAUUGCCGGCGGAGCUCGGAAAACUGACCGCCUUAGGGCAGCUGUACAUUGAUAGCAGUGGAGUGAGUGGACCGAUUCCACAAGAUCUGGCAAAUUUGAAGUCCCUUAAGACACUCUGGGCAUCUGAUAAUCUCUUCACUGGAAAGCUACCUGAAUUUCUCGGGACGUUUACGGAGCUUGUGGAUCUGCGAUUUGAAGGCACGUCCCUUGAAGGUCCCAUUCCGGCCAGUUUCGGUGCUCUAACUAACUUGCAAACUCUCAUCCUUGGUGAUCUUGGCGGGGAGGACUCAUCUCUUGAUUUCUUAAGAAAUCAAACAAGUUUAUCUGUGCUAUCUUUGAGAAGUUGUCAACUAUCAGGACAAAUUCCAGAAAUCAUUGGCACAUUUUCUAAGUUGAGAUACCUGGACUUGAGCUUCAACAAGUUGGAAGGCCAAAUUCCAGAUUCAUUCCAAGGUUUCACUGUACUGCAAUUCUUAUUUCUUGGAAACAACAACUUGACCGGGUUGCUUCCUGUGAAUAUCAUCAGUCAAAGCCUCAACGCCUUAGACGUGUCGUUCAAUCCACUUUCUGGAAAUUUGCCAGGGAAUGUGGAGAAGAGUGAUUUUUCUAUGAACUAUGUCGGGACGUCCAUAAACGCAGAUAAUCUGGAGGACAGGAAGGCACUGGAGAUGCUUAGCUGCCUCGAAGGCGGUACCGAGUGUGCAAACAAAGUCAAAUCCACUUCCUUUGCUAUCAACUGCGGCGGCACGGAGGAAACAUCAGCAGCCGGCGUGAAAUACAACGACGACUCUGAACUGCUCGAAGCCGCUUCGGUUUACACAAGCUCUGACUACCAAUGGGGCGUCAGCGACAGUGGGUACUUCAUCUUCAAUCCCAAUGGACCUCAGUACACAGUGGAGACGGGUUCUCAAAUAACCGGGGCUCUAGAAUCAGAGCUGUACAAGACGGCCAGAGUUUCGCCAAGUUCGCUGCGGUACUAUGGCCUCGGCCUGAAGAGCGGACAGUACAGCGUCGAGCUUCACUUUGCGGAAAUCAAGAUGGAGGAUGACUUGCAGUCCUGGAAAGGCCUCGGGAGGCGCGUAUUCGACAUCUACAUUCAGGGCGAGCGUGUCCUCCAAGACUUCAACAUCCGACAGGAAGCAGGCGGAUCCAACAGGGCCCUGGUGAAGACGUUUGAUGCGAACGUCACGAACACAGUCCUGGAUAUUCACUUUCGAUGGGCGGGAAAGGGCACUUGCUGCAUACCGUUUCAGAGCACGUACGGACCGCUCGUCUCGGCGAUCCACGCCUCUCGAGUCGGGGGUGUUGCCGGCACGUCAUCCGAUCACGACAAGAAGCGGAUCGGGAAGAUCGUGGGGAUAGCAUUCGGAUGCAUGGCCGCUCUGGUCAUAGUCUCGUCGGCAUUCUAUCUAUGGUGGGCGAGGGACGCGUCGGCCGGGCACGUGCGAGUCCACACGGGAUGGCCGAAGAGGAGCAAAUGAUCUCAGGCGAUUUGGUUCUAAGGUUCAUUGCCAUAGAGAAUGAAGAUUUCCAAGUGUAAAAUCAUCCAUGGUAGACUGUAUAUGGCCUCCUAUGAGACAAUAACUAGUGAACUCUGGGCCCUCAAGAGUAUGCUCUAUUUGAAAUGUAAUGUACUAGUCACUAGUCAGUUGAUGAUCACUAUGCUUUUU